AUGGAACUCCUUGACGAUGGGACUGCACUCAAGGCACCAUAUCCAGGAUGUGAGAUCGAAAACAAUAUCAUAGAUAUCGCCAAAGAAGCCAGCAUCUAUCUUCGUAUUGGACCGCAUAAGAGGCUUGUUCGGAUGCUAGGUCAUUUCAGGGAAGGUCUCAUGAUUGAAUAUAUGAAAAACGGUGAUCUCAAAACAUAUCUUCAGGCUCACGACUCGAUAUCGACGAGCCUCAAAUUGAAGUGGGCAUACCAAGUCGCAGAGGCUGUCGACCUUGCAUAG